AUUCUGGAGCAGAUCGGCUGUACUCCAGCCGUUCAAUGGCUACAGGGCAGCGCGCCAAUCUCAGACGUUAUCGGCACCAUAGAUUUAUUGCGACAGAAUUUUUUUUCUUUUCUUUCUUUUUUUUUUUUUUUAGCGUUUUCGCAAGACACACACAAGUGAAGGGGGACUCCAUUUUUUAACACGCUAUAAAUCUGCCCGGGUGCAUUCGGCAAGGACUUUAAAUGCAAACACACCCUCGGGUGCGCGGCGGAGAACGCCUGUUACGCGCGAGGCGAGCGCGAGACGGGGGCAUUUCCGAGCACAUCUAUUAAAUGGUUGAACUUUAAAAUAUACGACAGUGGCUUUGGGAACGAGCAUUUCACCUGAUGGAUCUUCAAAAAACUCUACCGCGUUGGCAAUGGGGCUGUCACAUGCCAACGCGACCGAGAGGAGAUAACUGGGGCAACUGAAAAUAUCAGUUUUUCUUCUGAAUUAGUCUGUACAGCAUACUACAUAUGAGACCAACGACAACCAUAAUUCCAACCGAGAAUAUUUCACAACGCCCUGAGACUUAAGAAACAGAGUCUUUGAGGAGGGUGAAGAUGCCUUUUCACCAUGUAAGAGCAGGGCUGCUCUACACAGACAACUACCUGAGCACCUCUCUCUCCGAAACUAGUGAAGAACAGCUUGCCAACAUCUCCACAGAGGAGCUUGGCGAGAUUCGAGAGGCGUUCCGAGUUCUAGAUAGGGAUGGGAAUGGAUUCAUCUCAAAGCAGGAGCUGGGAAUGGCCAUGCGCUCUCUGGGGUACAUGCCCAGUGAGGUGGAGCUGGCUAUUAUCAUGCAGAGACUGGACAUGGACGGUGAUGGACAGGUGGACUUUGAUGAAUUUAUGACAAUAUUGGGACCUAAACUUGUUUCUUCUGAAACCAGAGAGGGCUUCUUAGGAAGUACAAUAGACAGCAUAUUCUGGCAGUUUGACAUGCAACAGAUGUCCCUGGAGGAGCUCAAACACGUCCUGUUCCACGCCUUCAGAGACCACCUCACCAUGAAGGACAUCGAGAAUAUUAUCGUCACCGAGGAAGAGAGCUUGAAGGAGAACUCAGGAAACUGCCAGACCGAAUUCCAGGGAGUGCAUUCGAAAAAGAAGAAUCGCCAGACGUGUGUCCGCAAGAGCCUCAUCUGCGCUUUUGCAAUGGCCUUCAUCAUCAGCGUCAUGCUCAUCGCAGCCAAUCAGAUGUUGCGGAACGGCAUGGAGUAGCCCCGCCCACUGUGAACCCUGCUUGAUCUGACCUCUCUUGAGAAACAUGCAUCAAAAACUCCACUUUCUUUUAGUUCAAAGAGCGUGGGGAGCCCACCGAGCAGAGGAUAUGAAUCCCGAGAAUGAGUUUUGUGUUUUAUAUUUAUUUCGCCAAUUGUGAUUUUGACAGACUCUUAAACUGCAGUAAGGGAUGGAUGUCCUCCAUCAUCAUCUUGACAGGAACAUGCAAGGGCUCCUCACUGAAUACCAUUUAAUGCAAUAACAUCCCGUGUCCCUCCGCACUUCAGCGUGUUUUUCUCAUUCCUGUCUUUGGAAGGCGAAGACUUUGUACUUUAUCUCGCUCCAAGUCAUGUCAGAUGGGAAUGAUGAGGAGUGAUUGGCAGCCUGUCCAGUGGAGCCGCUGCAGGAUGUCUGGCAUCAAGAGCGUGUGCAUGUUUAUCUGAGAUGCACUGCAUGUUUUGUUCGCAGCAUUGCGGCGUUGAAGCUUAUUUAUGGAAUCUAUUGAAUAUAUUGUUGAAGGGACUGUGUGUAUUUUAAGAAUAGCAUACUACCAUAAUAUCACUUUUUACAGUAUGCAAAGAAAAUCACAAACUACCACAUGCAGGAUAUAAUCUGCAUCACACAGUGCAUCUUAAUGGUUUGAGUAUGAUUUUAUUCUCCUUCUUUCAUUGGAUUGUCAAUUCUUAUGAUAUCGAGUUGAAAAAAGGAAAUUAUCAUUUAAAGUGCUUACAUUUUCAUAACAGAGAGAGGAUUAGAGAAAAAUUAUGAUUCAGGAGAGAGAAAAACAUAAACUAUAUAAAAGUUUUGUUUAAAAUGGUUAUUAAAUAGCAGCUGCUGAACUGAACAUGCAAUGUGAUCAAGUUUAAUGACAACGACAUGAAAUAUUACUGUCUAAAACAUAUAUCAUCGCAUACAGUGUACUUUUUCCACCUACUGUCUACAUUAACAGUUUGGGGUCAGUAAGAUUUUUUUUGGAGGUAAAGAAAUUAAUUAUUUUUCAGCAAUGGUGCAUUAAAGGGAUAGUUCACCAAAAAUUAAUUACUCUUGUAGUUUCAAACCUGUACGAUCUUCAUUCACCUUUGAAACACAAAUGAAGAUAUUUUUGAUAAAAUCCGAGAGCUUUCUGACCCUGCGAAGACAGCAACGCAACUGACACAUUCAAGACCCAGAAAGCUUGUAAGGACAUCAUUAAAAUAGUCCACAUGACAUCAGUGGAAGUUUUACUAAUUUCUUCUUUGGUUUGAUAAUCAGAUGAGGGAAUAAAUUACCCAAUCUCUUGUUCUGUGUGUCUACUACACAAAAGAAGAGAGUAUAAUACUCUCUUUGAUUUUAAAUAUAGUAUCAAGGUCUUCUAAAUGUCUGCAUAUAUUGUCUGGUUAAAAUAUAUGACACUGAACUUCUGCGGAAGUGUCUAUGCUACAUAGCUGGACUUUUUGGUCCAUUUUGAGUUUUUAUUCACUCUCAGGCUCAGAGAGUCGGUGAAUGCAACACAAAUUUGUUCUGAAACAACCAGAAGUCAACUGGUUGGUCUCUUCAAUAGCACUUUUCCUUUUACUGUUACAGUCUGUGUGUAAUAAAAGUAUUCGUCUACCUGUUUGUCUAUAUAUUUAUAAUGUGUGUGCACAUCAGUCCCUUUCCCCGUGUUCCUUAUUAUUGUGUAUAGCCCACUUACACCCGUUUGUCACAAUCCCCUGUAUAUUGCAUGUGUAUUUAUGCAUAUAGUGCCACACAAAAGUCGUCUUUGGAUUGUCUGUUCGACUGUGUCAUGUUUGCAUGUUUAGAAUACUAAUCCAAGGUCUGUACCGCUUGCAGGCGUUUGCUGAGAGCAUCAGACAAAAUUUCUGAAUUCCCAUUGUUUCCUUCCUGUGAGCAAAUAUUAUACGAAACGGUACCAGCAUUCUGGGCCAAAAUACACUGCAAAGAAAAAAGCGGAUUAUUAAGGAACCGUUUACUGGACAAAGUUCCGGUCAGUUUUCCAGAAUGUCACAAAACGCUUGAUUGCAUUUUAUUCUCAGUCUGUGAUUUGGAAUGAGGAAAUUUCCAAAGGAAUUGCCCCAUCUAGUGGCCUAUUCUGAAGACGUGACGUGAUAAUCGUAUGUAACGAAGGAAGCUAACUUUUAGCAUUGUGACGUAACACUAGUAAAGAAGAAAUGAUACAGCAGUGUAUCCUUUUCCAAAAAGAAGUUGGAAUGGGAGUGAAAUUCAGUAUGAAUUCCACACAUAUCAAUAUAAAGUGUUGAACCUUGUUAUUUUAUUUAAUAAUAUAAGACUAUUUGUUAAAUGUCCCUUUCAUUUAUCACAAAGGCAGAUUAGUGGACUAAAGUUUAGAAAUCUCUUGUAUCAUUAAGUCAUUAUUCUAUGUAUCCCUCUGCUUGUUGCCAUCUUGUCAUUGUACUAAAAUUACCCUCUAGUUUAUGGGCAUUUUUGGAUUUAUAAAUUGGUAAAGGUCUGUCUUUUAUAUUUGGUUGAUUAAUAAUAUUUUUGUUUUUUUUUUAAAUCUUGCAAAGGUUGAUGGAAUUUUUCAUUUAGUUGACUCUCAAUCCAGAUCCUAACUUCAUCGGAAUUUGAAGCAUGCCAAAUAAAAUUUUAUAUGUAUGUAUUUUUAUUGAGUAUAUCAAAAGAAGGAUUAUUAAUAUGCCAAACGGUAUACAUAUUUGCAUGCAGGAUGUGGAUUGACAGAUUCAAGCAAUAUGGUUUUUAAACAAAAAUGUAUCAUUACAUAAAGAAUAUGAAGAAAUAAAAGAAAGGUAUUUAUUGAA